GAAAUAUCAUUCGACAGAGACGGCUCUGCUAAAGGUGCAAAGCGAUAUUCUUCUGAGUAUGGACAGGCAGGAAGUGUGUUUUCUUGUACUCUUGGACUUAAGCUCAGCGUUAAAUACAAUUAAUCAUAAAACUAUCAUUGACGUAUUGGAGUAUCAAUUUGGAGUGACGGAUAGGGCUCUUGAAUGAAUGGAUAAAAUCAUAUCUAUUGAACAGGAAACAGAGAGUUGAUCUGGAUAACAAUUUUUCUGAAGACUGCGAUGUUAAGUACGGAGUGCCUCAAGGGAGUUGUCUUGGCCCCAUACUUUUUCUGCUUUAUGUAUCCCAACUAUAUGACAUUAUUGACAGGCACUUACCCUCUUCUCAUGGAUAUGCUGAUGACACGCAACUUUAUGUAUCCUUUCGCCCAGAUUGUCAAGAUAAUUCAGAAAGUACCCUAGCCAUACUGGAAGAUUGUAUUUCUGAUGUUCGUACUUGGCUGUUGUCUCAUAAAUUAAUGUUCAAAGAUUCGAAAACGGAAUUUCUUGUAAUUGGUACACCACAACAACUUUUGAAAAUAAACAUUGAAUCCGUUAACGUUGGUGGGGUCCAAAUUAAGCCGGUUGACAGUGUUCGAAAUUUGGGAUCUUGGUUUGACAAGCAUAUGUCAAUGUCAGUUCAUGUAGGCAAGAUGUGUAGUAAAGCAUUCAGAGGACUUUAUAAAAUACGACAAAUUAGAAAAUUUUUAUCUACUAAUACAACGAAAACUUUGAUACAUGCUUUCGUGACAUCACACGUGGACUACUGUAAUGCUCUGUUGGCUGGCAUACCUCAGUAUCAAGUCCAGCGAAUGCAGAGAGUUCUUAAUGCCGCUGCUAGACUAAUCUACCACUGUCCAAGAUUUUCUCACAUCACCCCAGUUUUGAGAUCACUUCACUGGCUACCGGUAAAAUUCCGGGUGGAAUUCAAAAUUGCUUUACUGGUUUACAAGGCUCUUAAUAACAUUGCCCCUAUCUAUAUCUCUGAAAUGCUUAUUCCAAAACAAUCAAAUGACCGCUGGACAUUACGAUCGGAUGGUCAAGGUCUACUAUACAUCCCGAAAACAAACUGUAAGACUCUAGGAGAUCGGGCUUUCGCACAUGCUGCUCCACAAUUAUGGAAUUCUCUGCCUCUGGAUGUCAGGAACUGUGAAAACAUUUCUGUGUUUAAGAAACGCUUGAAAACAUUUCUUUUCAAUAAGGCUUAUAACCCUUUAUAGGUUGAGACCAUAUUGGAUUCUAUCAUUCUUAUUAUAGAUACGUACAUUAAUGUAUAUUCUAAUUGUAUACAAUACCAUGUUUUAUAUAGCAUAUUUAAUUCUUAAUAUAUUUAGAUUUUUAUAAUGUACAGCGCUUCGAGUAUAUAAUAUAACAUAUGCGCUUUAUUUAAAUGAAUAAAUUAUUAUUAUUAUUAUUAUACAUCUAGGAAAAAGAUUAAAUUUGCAUAAUCCAAACUUAUCCAUAAUCAAUGGGAGCAUGUGCCCCCCCCCCCUUUUUUUAAAAGUGAAAGUACCCUAUUUAAAGAAAGAAAAAUAUAUUUCUUGAAUGAACGCCCUUUUUUGCUAAAAAAGUGCCUUUUUGCAGUAGUAAUUAGUAAAGACUCUGUAAAAACCACUUCUGACGUUAUAGAGACUCCAAAUUUUCAAAAAUUUUCGUUCGGCUCGUGAACCACAUAAUAUUGUUUCAUUUUGAUCAUAUACAAAAGUGCCCCUUUUAGUCAAUGCCUCUCAACUUUCGAAAUGCUUCCGCGGUAUCUGCUAUCUACUUUAUAAAAUGAUAAAACUUUCUAAAAUUAUUGGUUAAAAUAAACACACACGCCAAAAUCUGAAUCAAAGAUCUAUUAUUAACAUAUUCCAACUAUGAAAAAUUUGACAUCGUCUAAGAAUAAUGCAAAUUGAUAAGGAUAUCUUCGGAUGUCAAUCUUCCGUCACUGAAGUGACUAAUAAAAUGGCGGAAUACAAAAUAGUCAAAACGUUUUAGCGCGCAAAGCAUAACGGUUGAGUGUGAUUCUUUAAAUCUUAUUGCUAUAGGGAUAAAAUUACCUAAAAAUGACAAGGAGAACUUUGACGUUUUGAGCGAAUGCCAUUCUUUGGGAAGCUAGUACCGGGGGUUGGGAAAAUUAUAUUUGCUUUUAUACUAGUGAAUGAAAAGCGAUCACGUGACAAAGACUAAACCAAUGAGAUGAAUUUAGUCAAAACAAAGUGUAAUAAAAAAUGUAAAUUACACUACAGAAUAUAUUCAUACAAAUAUACGAAAACUACCACAAAUACAAUUGUAUUUGUCAAUACACGUACAAUUAUGCUGAUGUCAUUUUUCCUAUUCCUCAGUAUCGAAUUUACUGAUCCUAGCCUGCUAAUAGUAUUUAUGAAGAGAACUCCUACCUGUUUAAGAGCACUUUCACUGUGUAGCUGCAGCUACCAAGCGUCGUCAGGACAGGGUCGCCACACUCUGAGGAAAUUUGUUGUCCACCUAUAUUGUGUUGUAGCCAGCCCAUAGGCGUUCGAGAUCGUUGGUUUCAGAUAAGCAUCCUGCCUACUCUGAUAUGCAUUCAAAAACGAAAUUGAUCUAUUUUCUAAAUGUGCUUUUUGUAUCCUGUUUAAAAAGGAGUAAGGUCUGGAUGCACUUCCACAACAUUGCUGGUAAGGAUUUAAAGUCAAAAGAAGAUUCUGAAAGAGCUGCAGAACUUAAUAAAUUCGUCAAG